UUCGCCUUUCCUUCGCCGUCGUGCGCCACCUGCCCGCCCAGCCUUCUCGCCAUGUCUUCUCACAAGACUUUCAGAAUCAAGCGAUUCCUGGCUAAGAAACAAAAGCAAAAUCGUCCUAUUCCUCAGUGGAUUCGGAUGAAAACUGGCAACAAAAUCAGGUACAGCUCCAAGAGAAGACACUGGAGGAGAACGAAGCUGGGUCUGUAAGGAG